AGAGCUGAAAAUAUUCAUCGGCUGGACUCCAUAAUCCUACUCACCUACAUCUCCGUGCUUGUAGUAAUUGUGUUAACGUCGUGGCUUUUCAAGCAUUAUCGAUUUAUGUUUGUACAUGAAACUGGGCUUACAUUGUUCUACGGGUUAUUAAUCGGUUUUGUUAUUCGGUACUUUGACAUUGGUUUGCUAGAGUCGCAGACUUAUGAUGUAAUACUAAAAGAUCGUACGGUUAUCGAGGAGCCUCCAGAUUACUUGAGGCUGGAGGUGAAACCAGAAGGUGCUCCACAUGUAUCAUUCCAUUAUGAGUUAAUGGAAGGUUUCUAUGCUGAUAAGAAGAAGCACAAUGAACAAAAGAUAGAACAAAAGAGUGCAUUCUCUCCUGAAAUUUUCUUUAACAUCAUGCUACCACCAAUCAUCUUCAACGCGGGUUACAGCCUUAAAAAACGUCAUUUCUUUCGAAACAUUGGCAGCAUACUCGUGUUUGCGUUCAUCGGCACCACAAUUUCAUGUUUUGCAACUGGGUCGUUGUUGUACGUGUUUACAAAGAUUUUCAACAUGGGAUUUUCAUUCCAAGAGCUUCUUUUUUUCGGAGCUUUAAUUUCAGCAACCGACCCAGUUACCGUUAUCUCACUCUUCGCCGAAAUGAACGUCGAAGCUGACCUCUUUGCCUUAGUUUUCGGUGAAAGUGCUUUGAACGAUGCUGUCGCGAUGGUGCUGUCU